UUUUCAGCGGUUCUAGAUGUUUUCUUACGCUACUGUACACUGUCUGGGGUAAAGAACCCCAACCACUCCGCCGGAGGUCACCAGUGGCAUCCUGUUAUUUUUAUCUGACCUUUGACCACUUAGCUUUGCCUAUUGAGGUCACACUAUCGACCAAGGUACUAUUGGUCCUGUCAGACCUGUCCUCACCCUGGCUCUCUGAAUAUCGAGUCAGAAUAACAAAACUAUAUUGUAAGAUGUAAUAAUGGGCCUAUAAUUGGAAACAUUUUAUUACAUAUGUAUUGUGUAACUACAAGGCCUAGUACAUUAUUGUGGUAUUUGUAAGGUGGACAUCAUCACCAGAGUAUUUUGUCUGCUUUUCCCAUGUCUUAUUAUUUUGUCUAUGACAGUAUGUUACUCCAUUUGUCCCAGGUCAUUACAUUUGACCUUGAAAUUCUCACUACAAAUGGUUACAUUUUUUUGUGACCUCUACCCUGGAUCAUAGCCUACUCCAGCAUUUCCCAAACUAGGGGUUUGAAAACAGGAAAUUCUGAUAUAAAAUUAUGUCCGUAACCUCCAGUAGCAGCUAGAUGCGGUUGUAAUAAACAGUGCUUUCUGUUUUCUUCCUACAAAUGUAGUUCUAUCUUUUGAACGGUUUAAGCUACAUAUUAUUAUGACCCCAUCAUUGAUGUUGAUAAAAGCCACAUUGUCCGAGAGGGAUUUACAUGGUUAUCAAAACGUCACGCCAGGGUAGACCUACAGGAAACAGAUCUUAAGUGUUUCUAAAAAUCCUUUUGUGUUUUACAUGGUGUGGGUUUUUGAUAUCAAAAUGGGGUCGCGGACCAAAAAAGUUUGGGAACCCCUGGCCAAGCCUACUCACUGGAAUACCCAUUUUGUCUCCCCUAGUGGAGGAAAAAUGGACCUACAAUGACAAAUAAAAAAAUAGGGAUCAGCGCAUUGAGCUAUAAAAAAAACGGAUCAGCGCCAUGUCUGAUUCUCCAGUAGUGGAAUAGAGAACGGGACACCUAAACCAUUUAAUUCCAGGGUCGGGGAUCCCGUUCGGUCUCGAGGAUGUCCGGGAGCGCAGGGAUUCAGCAGGGCUCCCCGGCCAUCGGUGCAGCUGGAUCGGCGCCUGCGGCUCCGGGAGCCGGGGGAACCGAGGGUUCGGGCGCCACGGUAGGAUCGGCACGAAUCGCGGUGAAGAAGGCGCAGCUCCGCUCCUCCCCGCGCCCGAAGAAACUGGAGAAGCUCGGAGUUUAUUCAUCUUGCAAGGCUGAGGGGGCCUGUAAGUGUAACAGCUGGAAGAGCCAGAACCCCCCUCCCACACCACCCCGUACAGACCAGCAGCCCAACACUUUCAACCUUCAGGACCCCUGCCGUAGCUGCUCUCAUACACUGGGUGACCAUGUAACCCACCUGGAGAACGUUUCAGAGGAGGAGAUGAACAGGCUUCUGGGCAUUGCUCUGGACGUGGAGUACCUGAACACAUGUGUCCACAAAGAGGAGGAUGCUGACACCAAACAAGUCUACUUCUCCCUCUUCAAGCUAUUGAGGAAAUGCAUCCUUCAGAUGGGCAGACCUGUGGUGGAGGCACAGGAGAGUCCUCCCUUUGAGAAACCUAGCAUUGAACAGGGGGUGAAUAACUUUGUCCAGUACAAGUUCAGCCAUCUUCCCUCCAAGGAGCGUCAGACCAUCGUGGAGCUGGCCAAGAUGUUCCUCAACCAGAUCAACUACUGGCAGCUGGAGACGCCCUCACAGAGACGACAGCGGGCUCCUGCUGAUGAUGCCGCCGGGUACAAAGUCCACUACACCAGAUGGCUGUGCUACUGCAACGUCCCUCAGUUCUGUGACAGUCUACCGCGGUACGAGACGACCCAAAUCUUCGGUCGGACCCUUCUGCGCUCCGUCUUCACUGUAAUGAGGAAACAGCUGCUAGAGCAGGCCAGGCAAGAGAAGGACAAGCUACCCCCGGAGAAACGCACUCUCAUCCUCACACACUUCCCCAAGUUCCUGUCCAUGCUGGAGGAGGAGGUGUACAGUCACAGCUCUCCCAUCUGGAGUGAAGAAUUCCUGUCUGGGUCCUCAGGAGGACCGAUCCCCAUCCAUACAGUGAUCAGUGCGCCCCCGGUGGCCAGGCCUCUGUACUACAACUCCAGCCCAGUAUCUGUGGACCCAUCCAGCUGUGGCAGUGUCAGUCCUGCCAGGAAAACCGCCUCUGUUCUGGAACCCAGCCCAGGUGGACAGAAGCGGAAGCCAUCGGAGCCCCUCCCCCAUGAGGAGACUAAGAAGCUCAGGAUUGUCGGGGACAUCCCCAUGGAACUCAUCAACGAAGUCAUGGCAACCAUCACCGACCCCGCCUCCAUGCUGGGACCAGAGACCAGUCUACUGUCGGCCCACUCAGCCCGUGAUGAGGCAGCACGCCUGGAGGAGAGGAGGGGGGUGAUAGAGUUCCACGUCAUCGGGAACUCCCUGAACCAGAAGCCCAACAAGAGGAUCCUCAUGUGGCUGGUGGGCCUCCAGAAUGUCUUCUCUCACCAGCUGCCUCGCAUGCCCAAAGAGUAUAUCACACGCCUCGUCUUUGACCCAAAGCACAAGACUCUGUCGCUGAUCAAAGAUGGCCGUGUGAUCGGAGGGAUCUGCUUCCGGAUGUUCCCCUCGCAGAGCUUCACAGAGAUCGUAUUCUGUGCAGUCACCUCCAACGAGCAGGUCAAGGGAUACGGCACUCACCUGAUGAACCAUCUGAAGGAGUACCACAUCAAGCACGACAUCCUCAACUUCCUCACCUACGCAGACGAGUAUGCCAUUGGCUACUUCAAAAAGCAGGGCUUCUCUAAAGACAUCAAGGUUCCCAAGGCCAAGUAUCUGGGCUACAUCAAAGACUAUGAGGGAGCGACACUGAUGGGCUGUGAGCUCAACCCCAGCAUCCCUUACACGGAGUUCUCUGUCAUUAUCAAGAAGCAGAAAGAGAUCAUAAAGAAACUGAUAGAGAGGAAGCAAGCUCAGAUCAGAAAGGUCUACCCAGGACUUUCCUGUUUUAAGGAAGGAGUUCGACAGAUUCCCAUCGAGAGCAUUCCUGGAAUACGAGAAACUGGAUGGAAACCGGUGGGCAAAGGGAAAGAGCUGAAGGAUCCAGAUCAGCUAUACAGCACCCUGAAGACCAUCCUACAACAUGUUAAGAGUCACCAGAAUGCCUGGCCGUUCAUGGAACCAGUGAAGAAGACUGAGGCUCCUGGCUACUACCAAGUCAUCCGCUUCCCCAUGGACCUGAAGACGAUGUCUGAGCGUCUGAAGAGCAGGUACUACACCACGCGGAAGCUCUUCAUGGCCGACAUGCAGCGCAUCUUCACCAACUGUCGCGAGUACAACCCUCCAGAGAGCCAGUACUACAAGUGUGCCAACCUGCUAGAGAAGUUCUUCUACACCAAGAUCAAGGAGGCAGGUCUCAUUGAGAAGUGAAGAGAUAGGAGGGGCUUCAAGGAUGAGGGAGCAAUGGUUUAGGUCUAAUGAUUUUUAAAUGUCUUUGUUUUUAUUUACUUAUUCUUUAUUUUUCUACUGCGUUCAACCAGAAAAAGAGAUAGCUAUAUAUCCAGUAGGAAGAAUGAUUUUAGGUUAAUCAGUAUACUAUCCCUCGCCCCACUCAGGAAAACAGAAGUCCUAGAUAGAAACUCCCAUCUGUUCAGCUAACACAACCCUCCAUCUGUUCAGCUAACCUAACCCUCCAUCUGCUCAGCUAACCCAACCCUCCAUCUGUUCAGCUAACCUAACCCUCCAUCUGUUCAGCUAACCCAACCCUCCAUCUGUUCAGCUAACCUAACCCUCCAUCUGUUCAGCUAACCUAACCCUCCAUCUGUUCAGCUGACCUAACCCUCCAUCUGUUCAGCUGACCUAACCCUCCAUCUGUUCAGCUAACCCAACCCUCCAUCUGUUCAGCUAACCUAACCCUCCAUCUGUUCAGCUAACCUAACCCUCCAUCUGUUCAGCUAACCUAACCCUCCAUCUGUUCAGCUAACCCAACCCUCCAUCUGUUCAGCUAACCCAACCCUCCAUCUGUUCAGCUAACCCAACCCUCCAUCUGUUCAGCUAACCCAACCCUCCAUCUGUUCAGCUAACCCAACCCUCCAUCUGUUCAGCUAACCCAACCCUCCAUCUGUUCAGCUAACCCAACCCUCCAUCUGUUCAGCUAACCUAACCCUCCAUCUGUUCAGCUAACCCAACCCUCCAUCUGUUCAGCUAACCUAACCCUCCAUCUGUUCAGCUGACCUAACCCUCCAUCUGUUCAGCUAACCCAACCCUC